CUGAAGUGAUAGAACAAUGUCUGGACGUGGCAAAGGAGGUAAAGGACUCGGAAAGGGAGGCGCCAAGCGUCAUCGUAAGGUUCUUCGUGAUAACAUCCAGGGUAUCACCAAGCCCGCUAUCCGCCGCCUGGCUCGCCGUGGUGGUGUGAAGCGAAUCUCUGGUCUGAUCUAUGAGGAGACUCGUGGUGUGCUGAAGGUUUUCCUGGAGAACGUGAUCCGUGAUGCCGUCACCUACACCGAGCACGCCAAGAGAAAGACCGUCACCGCCAUGGAUGUCGUUUAUGCUCUGAAGCGUCAGGGCCGUACUCUGUACGGUUUCGGCGGUUAAAGACAUGAUUUGACCAACAAACCAAAGGCUCUUUUAAGAGCCGCCCAUCUUUUCAGUAGAGGCAUCAUGUCCAAUGUCAUACAAUGUAUUUGUUAUUGACCUAUCUUUAUAUUUUCUCAAAGGGAUACUACAUACACCAACGAAUUAGCCAGUCUCUGUGUGGUACAGCAUAAGUUAUAUAACAUGUUUAUUUAGAUUUGUGUUUUCCCGGUGUGAUUGGACUGCUCAGUGCUCAGAAGGAAACAAAGGAUGUACCAGGAGCCCGCGAAAACUGCAGUGUAGAACUGAGAGCACGGCCUUACAGUCGGUUUGUAAGUUGUGGCUGCCCCCUGUCGUUAGCACUCAAAAAUGUUUUCAUUUGGUAAGCUAUUCAAAUUCGUGAUGUCGCCCAGACCCAAAGAUCCCCCACUUGAACUAUGUUGAGCACUGCUGAGUUGCAAAGGAGUUCAUUUCACAAGACACAAGCAGAAUGCACUAUUAUAUUUGUUAUAUCCAAUGCCAGUUGCGAAAUUGCACGAUUAUUGUGAACACUGAGUAAUCCCUAUUGCAAUCAUACUAAUGAUAAUACUUAUCAGUUUAAGCAACCAAUGCAUGUAAAAAUGGCAUAGGCUACUUUUUUAUUAUUAUUAAAUUAAAUGUUGAACGUGGCUCACCACCAGACACAUGGCAUCUUAAGAAUCGCUUUGGGCUGAGUGAGCUUAAGCGACACAAUCAUAGGACACUAGUUCAGGGGGCUGCUAGAAAAUG